AGCCUUCGCUUUAUGAUGAUAAAGUACCAGCAGCUCCUGCCACUGAUGUAAAGAAUAUCAGAUAUCCAGAGAUUUUGCUAUUGGAAAAAAAUGGCACAUGUACCUUGUUUAAUAGAGAUAUUGGUCAACAAGCUACUGAAAAUUGCUUUAAACCUGAUACUAAGGUUAUACUUGAGACUGGAGAAGCUGUCACUAUGUCUUUGAUUGUUGUCGGGGAUAAAGUUUGUGUAGGAGUUUAUACUACUCACUCCCAAUCAUCACAUAUUAACAAAUGUUUAUUUCGAUUAUGCAAAGAACGUACAACCAUAUUCUAUCAGUUUAAAGUUUUAAGUGGUAAUCAUAUUGUUCCUGUUCGUGUAGCAAGCGUUUGUACUGAAACUCAUAAUGGUUAUAUUGCACCAUUCACAAUAACUAGUAUCAUAGUAGCGGACAAUGUAAUAAUGUGUUCAUGUUAUGCCACUUGUGCACCAUAUCAAGAGACUAUUCAUGCAAUGCUUACACCAUUACGGUUUAAGACAUGGUUUAAGAAGUCUACACAUACAGGAAAAGAAAUUCAUUCAUAUCUCGGAUUUUUAUAUAAUAUAUAA